AUGGCUGCUUCAUUGAUAGAAUGUACCAAAGAAGACAAUGGCAAUGCCAUCGUUAAAGGUAUAAUCUCGGAAUUGCUUAAAUGGACUGAGGUAAACAACGAAAGCCCACAGAGUAGUCGACCUUCGGGUCGAGAUUUUGAACUGGAAGUGACAAAUGAAGGUAGAGGCAAACGAGCGAUAAUACGGAAAGCAAAACCUAUCUUGCUUGGCGCAUGGAUUUCCUGCACCGGUGUUGUCCGCCCGCGCAUUGGUAUAGUACACUCAGUAGCUAGCAGUUGUGCUUCUGCGACGAUCUGGUUGAGUCGCCUUGGUCCGGGCCGGCGUUACACCGUCAUGCUUUCCGAAGGAAAGACAUGUCUACUCAGGUCUGCCAUCUUCGUGGGACUUGCUUCGGUAGUGACGACUAUCAUUUAUCUAACCCCAGUUCCAGGCCUGCAGCAAUUUCUUGUACGAUAAGAUGAGUCGAUUUCGAGAAAAACUAAACAUUUUAAAUUGACCUUCAUAUAAAACUGCAGCUAUAUUUCAUCAGAAGAUAACUUAUUGACUUCAUUGAGGAUACUCCCACCUUGUUCUUCAG